CAGAUGUGUCCUCUCCGGAUCUGGUGAAAUGGCGCAGCGAGGAAUUCAGAUGGACGAGGAAAAACUCUGCUGUUCGAUCUGUUUGGAUCUACUGAAGGAUCCGGUGACUAUUUCCUGUGGUCAUAACUACUGUAUGAGCUGUAUUAGAAGCCACUGGGAUGAAGAGGAUCAGAAGGGAAUCUACAGCUGUCCUCAGUGCAGACUGCUCCUUGUACCGAGGCCUGUGCUGUUGAAAAACACCAUGUUGGCAGAUUUAGUGGAGGACCUGAAGAAGACAGGACUCCAAGCUGCUCCAGCUGAUCACUGCUAUGCCGGACCUGGAGAUGUGGCCUGUGAUUUCUGCACUGGGAGGAAGCUGAAAGCCCUCAAGUCCUGUCUGCAGUGUCUGGUCUCUUACUGUGAGCAGCACCUCCAGCCUCACUAUGAAGUUGUUCCAUUAAAGAAACACAAGCUGGUCGACCCCUCCAAGAAGCUUCAGGAGAACAUCUGCACUCGUCACAAUGAGGUGAUGAAGAUUUUCUGCCGCACUGAUCAGCAGUGUAUCUGUUAUCUCUGCUCCAUGGAUGAACAUAGAGGCCACGACACAGUUUCAGCUGCAGCAGAAAUGACUGAGAAACAGAAAGAGCUCGGGGCGAGUCGGCAAAAGAUCCAGCAGAGAAUCCAGAAUGGAGAGAAAGAUGUGAAGGUGCUCCAGCAGGAGGUGGAGGCUAUCAAUCACUCUGCUGAUAAAGCAGUGAAGAACAGCGAGAAGAUCUUCACAGAUCUGAUCCGUCUCAUUGAGAAAAGAAUCUCAGAUGUGAAGCAGCAGGUCAGAUCUCAGCAGAAAACUGAAGUGAGUCGAGUCAAAGAGCUUCAGGAGAAGCUGCAGCAGGAGAUCACUGAUCUGAGGAAGAGAGACACUGAACUGGAGCAGCUGUCACACACAGAGGACCACACACAGUUUCUACAGAACUACCCCUCGCUGUCAAAUCUCGCUGUCUCUGAAAAGUCAUCCAGCAUCAAUAUCCGUCCUGUGCGACACUUUGAGGAUGUGACAGCAGCUGUGUCAGAGGCCAGAGAUAAACUCGAGAACAUUCUUACUGAGGCGUGGACCAAGAUCUCACUGACAGGGACUGAAGUGGAUAUUUUACUGCCACAGGCAGAGCCCAAGACCAGGGCUGAUUUCUUACAGUAUUCAUGUCAAAUCACACUGGAUCCAAACACAGCAAACACACAGCUGUUAUUAUCUGAAGGGAACAGAAAAGCAACAAUGAGGAGAACAUCAACAAGCACAGAGCUAAAGAUGUUACAAUUUGGUCGCCCAGGUUCACGCAGCAACAUUGACAGUCUUCAAGUCCUGAGCAGAGAGAGUUUGACUGGACGUCAUUACUGGGAGGUGGAGUGGAGUGGGUUUGCAGUUUCAGUAGCAGUCACAUAUGCGCACAUGAGAAGAGCAGUCUAUGAAAGUGCAUUUGGGAACAAUGACAAGUCUUGGGCAGUAUAUUGGUUGGUAAAUGGUUAUGAAUUCAGACACAACAACAUCAUAACUCCCAUCUCAGGUCCUCAGUCCUCCAGAGUAGGAGUGUACCUGGAUCACAGUGCAGGUAUUCUGUGUUUCUACAGCGUCUCUGAAACCAUGACUCUCCUCCACAGAGUCCAGACCACAUUCACUCAGCCACUCUAUGCUGGACUUUUUGUAGGUUUUGGAUCCACAGCUGAGCUCAAGUAGACAGAAAUGAUUAGGUGGAUGGGGGAGAUUCUGUUUAUUUAAAUAGAUCUUUUCUCCAUCUUUGCCGCUCGCCUCUCUUUGCUGUGAUGUUUCUGCACUUCCCACUGAUGACCUGAUAAUCAUGACUCUGCUGUCUUCUACCUUCGAUUCUCUGUUGAUAUUGUUUAAAUGUUGGAACGUUUUG